AUGAGAUUGGUGACACCGUUUUUUGUGAUUAUUCUUUUAGUAUAUAUUCCUUACUUCUGCGAGGGUGAGAGUCGAUCAAACCUUGAAACUCAUGACACAAUACCAAUUGAGAUUCACCGCAUUAUUGCUGUUGGAGACGUUCACGGUGAUUUAGAUCAUUUCCUUAAAAUUUUAUCUAUGGCAGAUGUUAUAGCCUUUCCCAACAAUGAUACUAACGAUGUGGUGUGGAAACCAAAAUGGGAAAAUAAAGAAAUCGAAUUACACAGAACCCAUCGCACAAAACUUCGUACAACCUUGGUACAAAUGGGUGAUCUAAUAGACAGAGGAGCUAAUGAUUUAGGUGUUCUUGAAAUGGUCUUUUCACUUUUUGAUCAAGUUAAAAAAAACCAUACGAGCGAUAAUUUGGUCCUGCUAUUGGGUAAUCACGAAUUACUUAAUCUUCAAGGACAGUUUUAUUACGUUGAACCAGAAUCUAUGGGUGGAUUUCUAACAAAGACUCUGCGCAAACGCGCGUUUGAAAAAAAUGGUGAAUUUGGAAGUUUUAUCUUGGAGAAUUUUACUGUUCUUCAUCUAGAAGAUAGUACUGUUUUUGUUCAUGCCGGUCUUAAUGAACAAGUUGCUUCAAUGGGAGUUGAAGCAAUAAAUAAGGUAACGAAACAAGCAGUGCAAGAUAAAGACUAUAGACAUCCCCUUCUGGGAAGUUCUGGACCCCUAUGGACGCGACAAAUGAUAAUGGAUGCUAUGAACGGUCAUUGUACGAAUAUUCAAAAAAUGCUUCUGGCUAUUGGUGCGGAAAGGAUUGUAGUGGGUCACACACCACAGAGGUCGGGACAUGUUGAAACCUAUUGUGAUGAUAGCGUAAUUGCUGUUGAUGUUGGAUUAAGCAAGUGGAUGUAUGGUAAUCUUGCUGCUCUUGAAAUACUGGUCAAGACACAUAAAAUAGGUUCUGGUGCCAAAAAAAGCGUCGAGAUUCGUGAGAUAAUUGCUUCUGAUACUAGAAGGAGUCAAACACUUGAUGAGGCUCUUGAUGACUCUUUGGUCCUGGAAGAAUUGCAACAUGCUGUGGAGGAAUUUCGUCAUCGACAAAAUACGCGGGACCAGGAAGAAACACUUGGUGAUUUGUGA